AUCCUACAAUCUGCAGCUACUCCGUAUAUCGUCUUGCAAUCCAACAGGAGGAGGUCUACCUGGUGCACGGUCUGUCCGCUGUAUCAUGAUUCGACAUAUUGAUCGAAACAAGGAGCUAUCAUGGCUUCGACGACCACCAUGACCAGUUGGAUUGAGCAGCUUGCUGUCUCACUCAUUCCGCCGACCACCAAAUCUACAGAUGUGCGCAAGUACAAAGACUCAUUCGCAGGCAAGAUUAAACACCACACUUAUGGACGGACUAAUCAAUUCGCCGUGACUGAGAAACUCACCGGCCUCGAGGAGAAACUUCAGGUUCUGAACCUGGACGAUGUGGCUGAGGAGAUCUACGCCAGACGAAUGGAAUUGAGCAGGCACGAUGAACGCUGGAUUCCGGAUGCUCUAGAUCUGUUGCUGCAUCUCUCGCAUAAACCUAUCAAAUAUGGACAAGCGGAAAGGCUCGAGAAGUUCAAUAAUCGCAAAGCAACACCUCCUCCGCUGAAGUGGGCCGAUAUCGAGGCUGAUGACCCGAUUGACCAUCAAGACAGUAUAUGGAGAAUACCGGAGUACAGUGACUUGAGCUCUGACGAGGACGACAUAGUCGCUUCAAGUGUGACCACGUCUCCAGCCAGUGUCAAACAAAACGACGCAGAUGGUGCUGUACUUGACAGAGUUCUCGAUGCGAAGGUUACGAACUACGGCCCAUCAUCAAGCCUGGAGCUACAAUCGGCACAAUUCUGGAAUCUCAAGGACGAAACUAUCCUGAUCACAGAGAGACAGGCGGUCCGUGAGGCACUGUUCAUGCUGAUUGGCCUUCCCACGGCGAUUUUCACAUUCGAUACUCGGACAAUCCGACACAAUCCUCGAUACCGCCUUGGUCGUCUCGAGAAGCAGACCUCAAACUCUAUUCUCGGAGAAAGUGCGUCGCUGGGAUCAAAGAUAGUACCUGUCCGUCAGUGGGUGCGAAGGUCACAAGCCGGAAGCGUCAUGCAGCUCAUCCAAAGCUGCAUACAAGAUAUCUUAGCAGACUUCGAGCGUGGCAUAUCCCUCAUGCAGCACGACAUGUUGCGUGAGACGUCUCCGGACGGAGUGGUCACCCUGAUGCAGACAUUGCACAUGAUUAAGAAGAAACGUAUGCUUCUCAAUGCGGUUUCAGCCAUAAUUCCGCAAUUGCCACAGGACGAUCCUGUUGCAGCUUUGAACACGCUGCACGAGCAUAUCGACUUCGCAUAUACAUGCUUCGACACCGUGGCUCUGGAGACGCUGUUGCCAAUAUUCUUGUCCGCACUCAGACUAUACGCAAAGCCUCUAGAUCGGUGGUUACGACAAGGCAAGAUUGAACCCCCCGACACGUUCUUCAUUUCGGAAAAGACGGGGCCACGAAAUAAGACCACUCUGUGGCACGACUGGUUCUCGCUGUCAGAAGACGACAACCUCACCCCCUCAUUUCUCAAGAAAUUCACCAGGCAAAUCUUCGCAACCGGCAAGACAGCUGCGUUUCUGCACCAUCUACAACCAUUAGCCCAGGACAACAACGACAACAACCACAGUCUCGAAGCAGCAAUAAUCGAAGUCACCAACCUGCUCCAAACAUCGUCAAUAUCUCUCUCAGCCACUCUAGAAGCAGUACUAGAUGAACAUCUAAGGAUACUACUCGCCACCACCACAUCAUCGCUAAAACAUACCCUCAACACAAACUGCGGCUUAACCCGACUGCUCGACGCCUUUGAUUGUUUGUAUCUCGCCAAGGACGGCGCCAUCCUCGAUACUAUCGAAACCCGUACCUUCAGCCAAAUCGACCGUUGCGCCGAAAUUUGGAACGACCGCUUCCUCGUCGCAGAGUCUCUGACCCAAGCGUAUCAGCACAUUCCCUGUAUCGACGCGGCCUCUAUAACCAUCGAAUCAAGCUACACCUCGUCACGCAGCAUGGAGGCUCGUCGCCGCUCAGUCAAAAUUCUUGGAUCCAUGACACUUCACUAUCAUCUCCCCUGGGCGGUAGCGAACAUUAUUCCACUUUCGUCGAUCGCGUCGUACCAGCGCAUUGCCCUGACGCUCGCGCAAAUGCGGCGCGCAAAGUACGUCCUCGAGCGCCGAGCGUACUGGUAUGUCGGUAAUAUACCGUUAGGAAGUCAGAACCGUGAUCAGAGACUAGCGCAGACAGUGUACGCUGCGCUCGCGGGCUUUGUGAAUAUUCUCUACGCACACAUCACGGCGUGUACGAUUGAGCCGAUCACAAGAGAUAUGCGUCUAAGUUUGAUUGCAAGUGCGACGGGCAGCGUGGACGAUAUGAUCGCAGUGCAUGGCCGGUAUAUUCGCGACCUCGAGCUGGCGUGUCUUUGCAGUCCACAAGUGAAGCCUCUCAGGGAUGCGAUGGUCAGUGUGCUGGACUUGUGUAUUCGGUUUGCAGACCUUGUGAGCAUGAGCUCGCCGACACUGGCAGCGCUGGAACGUUCACGUAAGGGCUCGACGGACUGUGAAGCCAGCUCGUUCAUUUCGGCGAGGAGUCAGCGGCAGCGAAGGAGAAGGCGUGGACGUAGUCAUGCCCAAAACGACGAAUCGUCGUCUUCUGAGGAUGAUGACGAAGAUGAGGACGGCGAUGGUAUGGGCGAGGGAUACUCGACAUUUAUCCUGGUUGGAGAUACGACGGUUGUGCAGGAGAUAGCUACCAUUCGGGAAGAAUUCAACAGGCAUGUGCCUUUCCUGAUGGCUGGACUUCGAGGCGUGGCUAGGAGUUCACGUGAGGUCGGCGAAGGGUUGGAACUGCUUGCGGACAGUCUUGAUGGGCUCUUUCCGAGGAAGAGGGAUCACCUUUAUUGAGACAUUACAUCGGCUAGUGAGGUCGCAUGCAUAAAGUCUCCUCCAACGUCCGAAUUGGAUCUGUCCAAUGUCGGCAUAUGGUUCAUAUCACGAUGUUCUCUGCCACUUUGUGUCCUCCGAUAGGUCGCCUCCGUUAC